AUAAGGGUUUCUAUACAAGCGGCGAAGAGCGCGUCAUGUACGAGGGCCGCGUCGUGUACGAUGUGGCACCUUCCUAUCAGCUGUCAUUGAAGACGCAGUGUGGCACCCGUGGCUGUGUCUGCUGUGUCGCAGGUGUCUGCUGUGUCGCAGUUACUUGUGACAGAGCAUUAACUUGUGCCUUCAGCUAAGAAUAUACAGUAUAUUAUCUGGCCACCACGCCUUCUGAUAGUACUUCAGUGCAAUAAUUUACAGGAGCCCUCACGAUAACAUCACAUGCAUGGAGUGUGAAGGCUGCAAUAACGAGUAUGACCAAGAAGAGCGAAGGCCACGCACUCUUCCCUGUGGCCAUACCUUUUGCUCCAGCUGCAUUGGUGCCAUUUUGAAGGAUAAUAAAGUUUUCUGUCACGCAUGUCAAACAGAACACUAUGCGGUUGCUGUGGUACAGUUCCCACUUAAUUAUAACGUGGAGGCCAACAUAAGAGCAACAAUGAUGGAUGUUGAUGCCCCACCAGGACCUACCCCAGCAAAACGUCCAGCAGUGUCACCAGGACCAGGAGGAUCCAACCAAGGGCAGCAGCAGGGCUUAAGCAAAGAAUUAUUAGCUCUGAAAACAGAGAAAAUGAAAGCCCUGGCUUGUGCUGAAAUUAAAGUACAAGCCACAUUGAAUGGUCUGGGUCAGUAUGCAAGGCAGGUAGCAAAAAUGAAGGAGGAACAUAUGAAGCUAAUGACCCAGCUUGAGGAUUUAGCAAUGUUCCACCAAGAAAGAAUACGAGUGAUAGAAGAAGAAGAUGCACGUGUUAGGGAACUGCAAGCUUGGCAUGAAGCUAGGAGGGACAAUGCAAAUUAAUAAAAUUCUGGCCUACCCAGAUAUGGGGUGAAUCAUUUGUAGAGUUUAGAGGGCCCUUAACUCUUUCUUGAAUUAUAGCCUUUAUACAAGUAGGCAUUAAAGCAUUAAUAGUUAGAUAUAUAUAUAUAUAUAUAUAUAUAUAUAUAUAUAUAUA